GAAGCCACAAUGAAACAAGUUUUACUUGUUUCUGUAAGAUCUGCAUGAAGAACACACACUUAUUCACUACCUUAGAAAACUACGCUAAAAAAGUUUGAAUUCUUUCUUUAAGAUCUCCUUCUGUAAGAUCUGUUUCUGUAACAAUCUUCUAUACAAGUUUACAAAUUUCGUGAGAUCCCAUGCCACACAUUGUUAUGGCUAGUGCUCAAAUCAGUGCGGUAUAUGUGUUUAUAAAGAUCGAAUCAAACUGCUUUAAUUUUACCUUGCCACGGCAUCCACUGCAUGGUGCAGGCGACGCCGGGUACUACGACGGCUCCGGGAACUUAUACGUAGUCGAGCGCCUCAAGGACAUGAUCAAGUGUCUCGACCAGCAGGUGGCACCAGCUGAAAUUGAGACUAUUCUGACGAAGCAUCCACUGGUUCUGGAGGCUGCAGUUGUGGGCAUCAAUCAUCCAGAUUUAGGAGAAGCACCAACUGCAUUUGUCGUGAUUGAUCCUUCCACCAGAGGACGCAUCGCCUCAGAGGAUCUCGUGCGACUCGUUGCAGAGCAAACAGCCUUUCACAAGAAUUUGCAUGGCGGAGUUUUCUUCGUAAACCAGAUUCCGAAGAGCGAAAAUGGAAAAUACCUGCGGAGAAAGCUGCGUUCAGGACACCUGCGCUUUACGGGAAAAGCAUCUGAUGCGCCAUAAGUUAUCCGCGCAUUUCUGAGCUGCGUUCUCCACGUGCGCGCAGUAGCAUCGGUGAUGUAUAUAAUGUUUUAAUUUUAUCAGCUUUUAAAAACAAUGAUAUCACGGUUGCAGAAAACUUUGUAAGCAUUAGCAAUGAGCUUUAGCGGAUGCUACUUAGGUUCAGAAAAGCUAAUACAACAUAGCGACAGCCUAUACUUUGCUCUAUAGCCAAUUAACAUAUCUAACAUUCGUCACGUGCUUCGAACGCUAAUAAGUGCAACAAUCAACACGAAUGUGCUUCCUUCAGUUGUCUUCUAAGAGAACCUGCUUCCUACGUGUGGCGUUUUUUUUUU